GGAAACGUUUCCUGUUUUAAUGCUGUAGAACUGAAAGGAAGUGCUAGAAAUAUGGUUCAAAACUGAACCGUUGAAUGGACGAAACAAACGGGAAUCCCGAAGGUUCUAAAAACGCAAGCAUAAAAUUUUAUCAGCUUUUUUGGAACAUAAAAUUGAGCAUUAUGAAUACAUUUAGCUGAAGGCCACUCUUUUGACGAAAAGAUAAAGAAAAGAGAAAUCAGUCACUGAGUUUUCAACUUGUUACAUUUUUAAAUUUAUCAAACAACCGCUUCGCUUGGAAUUGAUAAACGAAAGCCUUUUUUACUAAUUAAAAUUGAAAUGUUCAAAAGGGAACAAUAAAUGAGAUUCCUGCUUAGUUGCAGUUUUAUAUUCGAUCUGAAAACGUUGACUUUCGUGUACUAUUCCUGUUUGACAAAAUGAGAUUUGUUAUAGCUUGUGCGUUUGUUUUGAUUCUGGCCAAAGGAUUGCAUGGCUGUAUUGAGAUUCCUGGUUUUAUAUUAAGUAAAAAUCAUGAAUCACGAUACAUUUUUUGCAAUGAAUCUUUUGAUGUUCGUCAUAAUGAGUGUGAUUAUUCUUCUGUGAAAGUGCUAAAAAUUCAGAACUGCUCUGCCAAAUGGAUCGACUUCCGAUUAAAUGUGUAUCAAAAUUUGCGCACAUUGGACAUUUCGUUUUCGAACUAUACGAAGUUUGACCAAAUAUAUUUAAAUUUUUAUUAUUUGAAGCGGUUUAAUGUGUCUUACAAUAAUUUAACGGAAGUACACGAUAAUCUAUUUUUCAAAACAACACAGCUAAAGGAAGUGGAUUUUUCGCACAACCAAAUCAAGGAACUUCAUAAAUUGACAUUUUUAAUAGUGUCAAAGCUAUCAAUAAUAAACGUUUCGCAUAAUCAAAUCGAAGAAAUAGAUUCGGAUGUAUUUAGUGAACUUUCCGAUUUAGAAGAGCUCGAUCUAAGUGAUAAUAAAAUUAGAUGGAUUUCAUACUACGCUUUUCCAAAGAAUUCCAAAUUGAAAACACUCAACCUCAAAAAUAAUCCAAUCCGACGGUUGGAUUGCAGCAUUACACGAUUACUGAAUGGCGUGACUUCAAUAAACGUGUCGUUCGAAAAUGUUACUGUGUUUGAUUUAUCUUGUGCGAACCCUAUGGAAUGGGCUGUGAUUGAAAAAGAAAUAAUUUUCAAGAAUGCAAACAACAAAAAUGAGCUUCGAUAUCCCAAGAUUGAUUUCAAACAUUUACGCGGUCUCUCUAUCAGCGGAAAUCAAUUGCAGAACCCGCAAGGCAUCGUAGAAUUGUUGGGAGAAUCGAUUCAGUACCUGCAUUUAGGUGGAAACAUAUUGGGCGAGGUGAAUAAGACAGCAUUUCAGGGUUUGAGCAAUUUGAUACGUUUAUAUAUAAGUGAUACAAGUCUCUCAUUCACUGAAUCCAAUCCCUUCGAGAAUCUUAACGAACUGACGGAACUUGAUAUUUCUUAUAACAAUUUAACAACACUGAAUAUCAGUUUACUUUCGAAAUCUUUGAGUAAUUUACGGACUUUUAAUGGAGCUGGAAAUCAAUUUAAUAACAGUGUAGAAAUCAUACACAGUCUCGGAUCAAAUCUGGAACACUUGGACCUUUCUCAAAAUAUCAUCGGAACAUUGAAUCGCAGCACAUUUGAACAUCUUUGGAAUUUGACUGCGUUAAAUUUGUCAGACACACAUUUGGAACAUUUCGAUGUGAAAUUACAUGAAGUUCGAAAGUUAGACAUUUCACGAAACCAAUUGAAGCAAUUGAAUGCGUCUUUACUGAGGCAUACUUCAAAAAAGUUAUGGCUCUUUCACGCAGCCGAUAACAAUUUUGAAAAUACAGCUGAAAUCAUACGAAGUUUGGGAAUUUAUAUAGAAAGUCUGGAUCUUUCUGGAAAUUAUGUGGGAAAAUUGGACGAAACUACAUUUAAACAGCCUUCACUUAUUUGGCUCUCGCUUCGACGCACCAAUUUAUCGAUUCCUGAUGUUAAACCCUUCGAAGCUUUCAAAGCUAAGUUGGUGUACCUUGAUAUUUCCUGCAACAAUUUAACAAGAUUGAACUUCUUCACAUCAGAUGUUUUCUCACAUUUAAAAAAAAUUAACUUGAGCGAGAACCAACUGACGCAACUAGACGGUCUUACCGAAGAUUCAUAUCCACAACUCACUGAAUUGGACAUCACGAAUAACCAAAUGAAUUGCACAUACCCAUCCAUGUUCAGAGAACAAUGGGAAAAAAUAGAUAUAAUCGGAGAUCCGUGCCAAUUUGAAAACAUUGAAACUCAAAACCAAACUGACACCAGCUUGGGAAAUACUUCAAUAAAAAAUAUUACAGAAAGCGCAACGAUAACUACUUUUCAAAUUGAAAAUGAUAGCGAAGCUCAAACCAAGUUCACAAUUCCUCCAUCUGUGCCAAGUUCUUCUUCUGUUGUUCCGUAUGUUGUUUCGAUCGGUUGGUCUGCUCUAAUCAUCAUCAAUAUUGUAGCCGUCGUUGUCUUCCUUCGUCGGAAGUCAUCUUCGAAAAGCAGCGAACAAAUGCAGGUUUCUUACCGCCGAAAUGACAAUGGCGAAGAGCUACAGCCAGAACCACAACAUGAGCUACAUGAAGAGUUAAAUCCGGAAGAUCACAUUUACGAGGAAAUCGAAGAACGAGAACGCCUUUAUGACCACCUAGAAUUUGGAGUCCGUCCCAUGCCAAUAUCAACUGAAAAUCAACACUAUCACAACUUCACAUUGGCCAAUCGGGAUCGGGGAACUCAACCUCAAAACAUUUGAGGAAAUCGAGGUUUCUCCAUCGGAGAAUCUCCAAGCUUAGACGGGAAACAUGAAAUUCUUUCAAUUUACAACAAAUAAACACACCAUAGUGUGAUGACUUGUGGAAUUUGUGUGAUUUUGUGUCACGAGUGUGAGUUAAUGAGUAUUUAUCGAGGUUGGCAGCUGCACACGGUCCGGAAUAGAUCACCGCAUACUCACGUCGAUAAACACUUGAGCCAUGUCUGAGACCAUCACCAAAACUGAUGUCCGACUGAUUCGAGCGACGAAAAAACAAAUAUAAUUAAUUACACACGCUGACAGUAGACCCUAGAUCUAAAUAAAGACUGCGAAACUGCGAAACAGACCUAAAAGUGCAUUUUGUUCCAUCGGUAGUUUUGUAUCAACUAUUUCUAUACAUACCUCGACAUGCAUCUGAAUGAAUUGAUCGAAUCGCGCCCUUAUUUUGUGUUGGCUUCAUUCCAUUUUGCCAAUUUUGUUUAAAGUUUUCAGCUCUGUUCCUCGACAAAAAGAAAACAUGAUUAAAUAACACGAUCCGACUGACAUUGACAAAAGGACACUCAUAUAACUGAUGAGAUAAUAAACGGAAACGUUUCUCAUUUGGCUGCUUACAAAAAGUUCAAUGGCGAAACCAUCUAAAAAUGUGAAAAAAUCGUCGAAUUUUUGUUCCGCAAAAAUGAUUGAUCAAUAAUUGAUCUCACGCACGAGAACGCCAUAGAUUUGCAUAAGAUUCGAAGCUCGUUGAUGGCUUUUGAAAAGAGUUUUCGACGUUUUUUUUUAAAUGUAAGACAACUUUUCAAAAUGUCCCAAACUCAACUUAAGCAUCUCCUCAAUACAUCAAAUUUUCCUUUCAAUAAAUAAUGUUCAAGAAAAAAAA